AUGAGCAACUAUGAGAAUUCUGUACAGAAGGAAUCGCCUAUCGUUUUAAGUUCACUACCGAAUGGUUUUACAUAUGAUGAUUAUGUGCUCCUCGAUUGUGUGUUCGGUAUUCCGCUCUUCAACUCACCACUGAAUAAAGCCAUUUGCAGUCGAAUGAUUAGCAAAGGAAUACUGGAGUUGAAUAAUCGAAGCAAUAUCCAGUUUGCUAAUAGAGCGGUUAUCGAUAUGAUUACCGAGCUUCUGAACACAUUCAAUUAUGGGCAUGUCAAGAGCUGUUUCCCCAGUACGGAGCCUCGGAAGUCUGAAGUCGUUCCGCCGAUCACAUCAAUAUAUUACGAUCCCGUGAAAAAUGAGGUUUACACUUGA